UCCAAGAAAUCUCCGAACGUGGACACUCAUGUUAUCAUUUAUCAGUUGGAUCGCACAGAGAGAACGAUGGUUCAUUGAAUGGAAAAUUCUACAUAGAGCCAACUCAAAUUGUAUUCCUGUGUGAGAUUUCCCCUGAUGUUGGCCACAACAGCAUGGACACCCGUUCCAUUGGGCACGGCUUUAGCUCCAUGGGACUGGCACCUAGUGUGACCCUCAAGAACACCACCUGGAUUCGAACCCUUCACUUCCCACUUGACUCAUGGAAUAUCACACUAGGGGUAUGGCAGUUUGUUUCAUCCAAGGAGGAAAUCUUUACAGCGCAUAGUGGCUCAGAAGCUUGGACUGCCCAGGUGAGUCUGGACACCUCAACACAAUUCCUACAAACAGCUACAUCAUUACUGGAUCUCACUCAAGUGUCCAUUGUGAACACUAAGCUUGGAGAUCCUAUGGUAGCCGCAGGAGAAGUUGCCCAGCCCAGUCUGUUACUUGACAGUGCAGCUUCUCUACACUUGGCAACAGCACCAUGCUCGCCUGAUAUUGCAGUUCUUGGACUUGUGUAUAACACAACAUUAGAGGCACAGGGCAUUGUGAUUGGGGUAACACUAAAAAGCUUUGAAAUGGACGAGAACUCGACGCAUUGGUACAAUGUGACAGCUCAACUCUGCCAAUUGAUAUCUUUGAGUGAUUGUGGAGAGGUAACCUUAAUUGACCUGGUGCUGACGGCUGAUCCAUCCUUGCUUCUACUGACGACACACGGUCUGUUCCUUGGUCAACUCCCAAAUGACGACUUAUCGGAUGAUUCAACCUCAUCAAUUGAAACAUUCGCCCAGGGACAGGUUUCUUGGAGUGAGAUUGAUUUGGACAACUCGAUCUCAUAUUCCUCAUUCCAUCUUGUCCAUACGCCAGUUUGCCAUGAUAGCUACUACAAAUCAUCAACUGACCAAGAGGCAUAUGUAAUAAUGAUAGGAAAUGAGAGCAGUGAGAAGGAGAUCUUUCUGAGUUCUUCACCUUACUCUAACUGGACGAUCUCACCACCAAGCAGUAUCUUGAGCCAAUCUCAGAAUCUUCUUUAUGACCACCAUACUGAUAGCUUUGUUGCGCUACACCAAAAUAAGGCUUCCAAGUCGGUAAGAACCUUCAGUGCUAGCCAGCUUCUGGAUGGUAACGCAAGCAACCGCUCUCACUACCCACCCUUCCAGCUCCCAGGAACCUUCCAUCCUGCUCACAGUCAAGCGAUGUGUCUUCAUCCAACGGAGCAUGAGAUAUUCGUGUAUGGAAAUCAGGUAGGGUAG